GAAUGAAUGAAUGAAUGAAUGAAUGAAUGAAUGAAUGAAUGAAUGAAUGAAUGAAUGAAUGAAUGAAUGAAUGAAUGAAUGAGGUAAUACGGACCCGACCUAGCUGAAAAUAACAGGAGAAAACUACAGAGAAAAAAUAACAGGGGAAAGACUAUAAAGAAAUAUAACAGGGGAAAAACCACAAGAGAAAAAAAUAAAAUGGGGGGGAUGUCAGCCAACCGACAGGAAAAGCUCUUGAGCAGCCGAAAAGGGUACUGCGAGGGCGACUUCAAGGCAAGCAGACGUAAGGAGUGAGGAGACACGAAGACGAUGAAGUUUCAUGUGUGUCGCGGUGUAGAAUGCUUGGAGCUAGGAAGGAGCGAGCGCCACACAGACAGGGGAGCGAUUGAUAUGUUAAAAAGUUUUGCCUUAUAUUCGCACGUAUGAGUCCCGUGAGAAUAGAGAAAACACAAUAGCACAAUAGUUUAGACGAUUCAUUGUUCCACACGUGACAAAAAUUUUGGAUUCGCCGAGGUCGCGCAAUAACGAAUUCGUGGUAUAACUGGAAAGACUACAGGCAAGCUGUAGAAAAACUAGAUGGUCUGCGUAGGCGUGGUGUAGACAAGGUAUGAAUCAACACAAGGUUGAAAAGGUAUGUUAAACGCCUCUGUGAAACAGAGUGGUUGCGCUGACGUUUCGAGCGUUAGCCCUUCGUCGGAUCAAAAACAAUAACGAAUUCGGCUUUUGUGGACUAUUGCUUUCUUCUUACAAAAUGCAGGUAAGAGUAUUGGAAUCCCCUGGCAGAACCUGCAGCUCUUAUAACGAUCCACACUACUCGACGUUUGAUGGAAGUGCUUAUAACUUCCUCCGACAUGGAGACUAUGUGUUGUUCCAAGACCUCCAAAACGAAGUUGAGGUGCACACUCGCUUGUGGACAUGUGACCAGCAGUUUCCGUGGGGCGCUUCGUGUAACUGCGGUGUGGCAAUACGUCAAGGCAGGGAUGUCAUCAGGCUCUCUAUGUGCAACAGACAGCUGUAUUACUACAAACCGACUAUAAUGCAUGCGUCACUACCGAGAGGCCGGCCAUCUAUUGGAACCAAGAUAAAGAAACACGGCGCAGGGAGUUAUAUGUCAUACGAGAUCAUACUUGAAUCCGGAACUGUCAUCCAAGUACAUCGGCGGCUCUUUGGUUUGAAUAUUUACUUGAGUACUGUAAAGACUGGCAACAGAAUCAUAAGAGGCAUGUGUGGAAACUUCGAUGGAGUUCCUGCUAACGAUUUGGAUGAUGGAGGUGACAACAAGAGUUAUCACGACAAUCAAGAAGGCUUUGGACUCAGCUGGAGGGUCCCUUACCCAAACAGCUACUUUGACAGUCUUCCGCCAGAUAAGGCCACAAAAAUUGAACCCCGUUCUUACUGCUACUGCGAACAAAGUCUGUGUCAAGAUAUAAACACACAUUUCCAACAGGCGAAGGAAAUGAAUGAGGCCUUUAACUCCCAACCUAACGCUAUUGCAUCAAUGUUAAAUGGCGAUGAGGUCAUCGACCAGGAAGAGGGAGAAUACUUCAACGACGAAGAAGAAGCGGAGCAGGCGCACAGACGAAUACGUAGAAGAAGAGACAUCGGUGAUUUCGAACGACACUUCAACAUGUCAACAGAAAAUGCGACUCAAUUUUGCAAAAGUGUCAUUGAAAAUUCACUUGGUGUGAAAGUUUGCAGAGAAGUUCCAAACAUCGAUCUGGCACGGGCUGAACGUGACUGCGUGUUUGAUUUGAAGGCGAGUGGAAACAAAGAGUUUGCGUCCUCAAUCGUUACUUCAGUUAUGACUCUGUGUGCGGACAAGGCAUACAAGAAUAUGUCUCUUUACGAAAAAGACGACGAUGGUGUGCUCCGCCCGCCAAAAGUCAUAACUGAAAACUUGUGCCCCAACGAAUGCAGUAACCAUGGAAACUGCUCAAACAGCACCUGUAUUUGCGACAAAGGAUAUACAGCCGCUGACUGCUCCAUGUCAAUCAACACGAUACCGGAGCUGAUGGGUAUUUAUGACGGUGGUCUGUGUGACAAAAGAAAGAGGCCCUGCAAGAAAACAAACAUAUUUGGUGAUGGAUUCCUUGAUUCAGAAAACCUGACUUGUCACGUGACCGAAUUCAAGGUCUUUGGCGAUGCAUGGUCCCCAAGGUCUACUCCUCAAGAGCUGCCAGGGGGUAUGUUUGAUCUGUUUGGGGUCAAAUGUGACCUUCCGGACCCUCCAACGAAGAUAGGGGACUAUGACAAUCCCGGAACCCCCGCGGGAGGACUGUACAUUAGGAUCUCCAACAACAGGAUCGACGCCAGUCUGGAGAAGAUGAGCUUUAUUUCUUACGACUCCCUCUGCUUAAAUUGUAGCAGGAAAGGUGUUUGCGUUUUAAGGAACGAUUCGUGUAUGAUAAAUGGACACUGCUUUGCACCUGAACAGCCUAGCCCAAGGGACUGGUGUAAGCAAUGCAUGCCAGAGACUGACCAAUUUGAUUGGAUUCGGCGGAAAGGUACUGUCGCGCCCGGUCAAACAUUCUAUGACUUUUGGUAUAAGGAACUUCAAGCAAUCUUGACAACUCAUUGUUCCAAUUCAUAUUUAAUCUCGCGCUUGCGAUUAGCCAAUCAUGAAAUAGCAACUGACCCUGAAAACCGUACAAUAAACUACAGGAUCACUAGCACUGAUGCGCAAGGGUACACUUUCACACCAAACGGGCAGCUGAACUACACCAUGACGUCUGCAGACAACAAGACGUUCACAUUCGUAGCGACAGAUGAGUGCAAUGCUAACGAUACAACCGCGAUUACUCUUAUGGCGCAAUUUUGCCCAUGCCAAAACGGAGGAACAUGCUAUCCCCAUCCCUACUACCCUAGGGGGUCUGGCCAGUACGAAUGCGCGUGCCCGAAAGGAUUCAAUGGAAGUCGCUGCGAAAUUAACAUUGAUGAAUGCCAGUCGAACCUUUGUGUCAACGGUUCCUGUGUCGAUGGUGUCGCCGGCUACACUUGUAAGUGCGAUGCUGGAUUCGAGGGUCGACUUUGCGAUGUGAAAAUCUCGAACUGCUCUGAAGACUCGUGUUAUCCUGGUGUCAACUGUACCGAAGACCCGAGUGGUUUUGUCUGUGGUCCGUGUCCUGUAGGUUUAUCAGGAAAUGGAAAAUCGUGCAUAGUACUAGCGACCAAGCCUCCGACGACUUCAGAGAGCGCUACCUCAACAGUAUUGGUGACCAAGCUUGCAACCGCAACGGAGAGAGUCACUUUGGCAGUAUCCUCGACCGAGCAGCCCACCACAACGGAGAGAGUUACUUCAAAAGUAUCUACCACCGAGCUGCCAACGACAACGGAGAGAAUUACUUCAAAAGUUUCGUCGACCAGGCUGCCAACGACAACAGUGGGAGUUAUUUCGAAAGUAUCUUCAAACGAGCUGCCAACGACAACAGAGAGAGUAACUUUAAAAGCUCCGUCGUCGUUUACCGUGCUGCCAACGACAACGGAGAGAGUUACUUCAAAAGUAUCUACCACCGAGCUGCCAACGACAACGGAGAGAAUUACUUCAAAAGUUUCGUCGACCAGGCUGCCAACGACAACGGUGGGAGUUAUUUCGAAAGUAUCUUCAAACGAGCUGCCAACGACAACAGAGAGAGUCACUUCAAAAGCUUCAUCAGCGUCGACCGACCUGCCAACGUCACCGGAGAGGGUUACUUCAGAAGAUCCGACCACAUCCACAAAUACCCGGAGCACUGCGAAAGUGCCAAUUACAGCAGAAUAUACUGCACAGUGUCGUUUGAAGAUUCCUUGGAUAAAUGAGCUGUCUGAUAAAAGAACUAAAGAGUACAACGACUUGCAAACGUCUUUGGAAAAAGAGUUUCAGGCAACCUACAAGAAUGAUGCAGAUUUCCUGAGAGUCAACAUUGAAUCGUUCAGCAAGGGAAGUGUUAUAGCCAAGUUUAAGCUGUUUUUCAAGACUGAGAAGAAGGACCCACUUGGACCUUUGGCAGAUGAACUCAAGGAUGGGAAGCUUGGUGACAUCAACGCAGAUCCGAACUCGCUUAAGAUCUUACGCCCCCAAGAGAAAGAACAAGAAGAAUCUUCUCAGACCGAAAUUGUGGUAAUCGCUGUGGUUGUGGUCAUUGUUGCUGUUCUAGUGGCUGUCGCUUGCUGUAUACUGUUCCGUCGUAAAUACUACAACUACGACUUGAAAAAGAAAUCUCGCAAGCCACCAGAGAAGGACCCUGAACGCCACACAUACGAGAAUCCCGAGUACUGUGACAUCCCUGAGCUGGAAAACAACUACGGAGGCGUCACCAAGCCCGCGCCUCAUUACGAUAUCAUAUCGCCAAGCCUUUCAAGGAAUCACGUUGUACCGGGAGAAGGGCUUGAAGCUAAAAAUCACACAUACGAGGAGCUUAAGGCAGCCAAACCGAUCUAUCAGAUCCUGACACCUGAAGUAUUACAAGAAGAACAACAGAACAAACCCUCUUCUCAGGCAAAAGCGAGCCAUAGCGUUUAUCAUAACGCUGGUUUUCAAAACUAGCCUACGUUCACUGAGUUAUUUCCCAUUCUAAACAGAUUUUGUUGCUUUUUUAAUUGCUAACUUAAUUCUUCUCCUUACUGUGCUGUGUGACUAUAACAAGACGGGAUUUUUUUUCAUAACUUUUUAUACUUGAAAGUCAUGAGAUCCAUUGCCCCUUUGAUAUCCAGGUACAUAUUUUUGGGGAUAACUCACAAUGAACUCUAAUUACUUUGAGUGUGACAAGUUUUCAUUGUCCAAUUUUCAACGUCAUCUCGAAACGGCUUUUCCACAAGACACGACGACAAACAAAAUGGAAAACAGACGCGUAGUUCUCGCUGACCGCUGUAGCGCGUGUCAUUCUGUCAAUAUAAUCAAUGCACGAAACAUCGAUAACGCACGUAUUUCACAAACGUUUUACAAACAUAUACUCGAAUUUUUUUUCACAUUUUUAAAUAAGAAAGGAAUGACUUAGCUGCGAACCUGCUAAAGUUAACGGAACUGCUAAAAAUGUGUUUUUUUUUUAAUUUUUCCAUUGAGGAUAUCGAAAAAAUCUUUGUAGUUUAAUUAUUUUGAACAAAAAAAAUUUGGACUCGCAUCUUCGAGAGUUAUUUUAGAAAAGGAAUUUAGACGCUUUGGUCUUGAGUCCGUUAGCUACUAAAAGGAAGCUAAGUCUGACCAUUGACCAAGUUCUUACAUAAGAAGAAAUCAGACUUGGCUUUAUUAAGCAGGUAAAAUGUUUAUUACACGGCAUAAUUCAUGGUUAAUUAUAGAGUCACGUGUUAAUGUUGCAAUGCGCAGUCAGUGGUUAUUGGCAGCGAAGGCCUCAUGGUUGCAAUGGUUGCCUCAUGUUGUCAUGGUUGUGUCACGGCAGUUCAACGGUAGCUCGAUGCAGCUGAAAGAAUAACAGCUUAUCGCCUGCACUCAGGUCACGCAUCAUACUCUGAAAACGACACCAUCUUGUCAGUAUCGGUAUCAGUCCGUAUCAAGCUACCAAAGGAGUUGCCUCCUUAGAAUAAAAACACAUUUAAAGGACCUGUAUCCUUAGGAGACAAGCACAUUAAAAAGGAGUGUGGUAUAAGCUCUAUUCCAUCGUUAGCUGUAUAGUGUUUAAUGGCAAAAUAAAUACCGGUACCGCCCCAAAA